GCCGGCCACCGUCCCGGGAGGCGCCGCGGCGGAUGGUCCGCGUUGUCCCGCCGCCCCCCGCCCGCCCCUCUCGGAGUCGGCGGCGUCGGCGGUGGCAGAUGGAGCGGGGGGGCCCGGGCUGGCGGGGCGGGAGGCCGCCGCCGCGGAGGUUACUGUUGGCGUUACUGCUCUUGUUGAUGCCGGCGCUGCCGGGCUUGGGGCCCGCGGCCGCUGCUGCUGCUUCGGCCGCCGAGGAGACGGCGGCAGCGAAGGAAUGCGACAAGCCGUGCGCCAACGGCGGGCGGUGCCAGCCGGCCAGCGGGCAGUGCGAGUGCCAGCCCGGCUGGGUGGGCGACCAGUGCCAGCACUGUGGGGGCCGCUUCAGGCUCACUGGGCCUUCAGGGUAUGUAACGGAUGGGCCUGGGAAUUACAAAUACAAAACAAAAUGCACCUGGCUCAUUGAAGGAAGGCCAAACACAAUCCUCAGGCUUCGAUUCAAUCACUUUGCCACAGAGUGCAGCUGGGACCACUUGUAUGUGUAUGAUGGAGACUCGAUUUAUGCUCCCUUACUGGCAGCUUUCAGUGGUCUUAUUGUUCCUGAGAAAGAUAGCAAUGAAACAGUGCCAGAAGUUGUAGCUACUUCUGGAUAUGCCCUUCUGCAUUUCUUCAGUGAUGCUGCCUAUAAUUUAACAGGGUUCAACAUCACGUACAAUUUCAAUAUGUGUCCCAAUAACUGCUCCGGCCGAGGAGAAUGCAAACUCAACAGCAGCAGCAAUGCUCUGGAAUGUGACUGUGCCAAAUACUGGAAGGGAGAAGCCUGUGAUAUCCCCUACUGCACUGAGGAUUGUGGGGCACCUGAGAGAGGCCACUGCAGCUUUAAUGAGACUAAGGCAUGUUUGUGCUCUGCGGGCUGGCAAGGUCCUGGCUGUUCAAUUCCUGUUCCUGCAAACCAGUCGUUUUGGACCCGGGAGGAAUACUCUCUUCCAAAACUUCCCAGAGCAUCUCACAAAACUGUGAUCCAUGACAAUAAGAUGUGGAUUGUUGGAGGCUAUGUCUUCAAUCAUUCUGAUUCUCAGAAGGUUCUAGCGUAUGAUCUUAUUUCUGAGGAGUGGCUUCCACUGAAUAGCUCUGUGAACUUGGUAGAGAUGAGAUAUGGCCACUCACUGGCCUUGCAUAAGGAUGACAUCUACAUGUAUGGUGGGAAGAUUGAUGGGACGGGGAACGUCAGCAGCCAGCUGUGGGUGUUCCACAUCCCCAGCCAGAGCUGGGCCCAGGCCAUGCCGACAGCCAAGGAGCAGUACGCUGUGGUGGGGCACUCGGCUCACAUCGUCACCCUGAGGGACAACAGCACCGUCAUGCUCGUCAUCUUUGGCCACUGCCCUCUCUAUGGCUACAUCAGCAACGUCCAGGAGUACAACUUGGCCACAAACACGUGGAGCAUUCUGCAGACCAGCGGAGCUUUGGUGCAAGGAGGCUAUGGCCACAGUAGUGUUUAUGAUCCAAGUACAAGAUCAAUUUACAUCCAUGGAGGUUACAAAGCCUUCAGUGCCAACAAGUACAGGCUAGCAGAUGACUUGUACAAAUAUGAAGUUGAUACUCGUAUGUGGACAAUUCUGAAAGACAGCCGAUUCUUCCGCUACCUGCACGCGGCGGUGAUCACGAGCGGGACCAUGCUGGUGUUUGGAGGCAACACGCACAACGACACCUCCAUGAGCUAUGGUGCCAAGUGCUUCUCUUCUGAUUUUAUGGCCUAUGACAUUGCCUGUGAUCGGUGGUCUGUCCUUCCACGCCCCGGUCUCCAUCACGAUGUCAACAGGUUUGGACACUCUGCUGUGCUCUACAACAGCACUAUGUAUAUCUUUGGAGGCUUCAACAGCCUCCUCCUGAGUGACAUCCUGAAGUACACCCCUGAGAGAUGUGAAGCUUUUGCCAAUGAGACAGCCUGCCUGCGAGCAGGCCCUGGUGUCAGGUGUGUGUGGUCUACCUCCCCUCCUGGCUGCAUCCCCUGGGAGAAUGCAACAGUAGAGCAGCAGCAAAAGAUCUUGGAAGACUGUCCUCCCAGGCCAGCUGUAGACAAUGAAAAAUGUGAUCAGAUUACAGACUGCUAUAGCUGUACUGCAAAUACCAACAACUGCCAGUGGUGCACUGACCAGUGUGUCUCCGUGCAUAGCAACUGCACAGAGGAACAGGUUCCUAUUACUCUGUAUGAAAAUUGUCCAAAGGAUAACCCUGCCUAUUACUGUAGCAAAAAGACAAGCUGUAAAAGCUGUGCCAUGGAUCAAAACUGUCAGUGGGAACCCAGGAAUCAGGAGUGCAUCGCCUUACCAGAAAAUAUCUGUGGAACAAACUGGCAUUUGGUUGGCAACUCCUGCUUGAAAAUUACGAAUGCCAAGGAGAACUAUGACCAUGCCAAACUGUCCUGCAGAUCCAACGGGGCUUUGCUGGCUUCUCUCACCACCCAGAAAAAGGUGGAAUUUGUUCUCAAGGAGCUGCAGAAGAUGCAGUCUUCGCCCAAAACUCUGACUCCGUGGGUAGGACUGAGGAAAAUCAACGUGUCCUAUUGGUGCUGGGAAGACAUGUCUCCCUUCACCAACACCCUUGUGCAGUGGCUGCCCGAGGAGCCCAGCGACGCCGGCUUCUGUGGCUACCUGGCGGCGCCCUUCCAGCAGGGGCUGAAGGCAGCCACCUGCAUCAAUGAGGUCAAUGGCAGUGUCUGCGAGAGGCCAGCAAACCACAGCGCCAAGCAGUGCCGGACGCCCUGCGCGCUGCGCAGCCUCUGCGGGGAGUGCACCAGCGGCAGCUCCGAGUGCAUGUGGUGCAGCAACAUGAAGCAGUGCGUGGACUCCAAUGCCUACGUGGCUUCCUUCCCCUACGGGCAGUGCAUGGAGUGGUACACCAUGAGCAGCUGCCCACCUGAAAACUGCUCAGGCUACUGCACAUGUGCUCACUGCCUGGAGCAGCCUGGCUGUGGCUGGUGCACUGACCCCAGCAACACUGGCAAGGGGAAGUGCAUCGAAGGCUCCUUCAGAGGCCCUGUCAAGAUGCCAGCGCCAUCGGCAAGCGGGAAGCACAGCUUGGAGCCCGUCCUUAAUGUCAGCAUGUGUCCUGUGGAGAACAGCUAUAACUGGUCCUUUAUUCAGUGUCCAGCCUGCCAGUGUAAUGGGCACAGUAAGUGUGUAAAUGAGAGCAUCUGUGAGAAGUGUGAGAACCUGACAACUGGCAAGCACUGUGAAACCUGCAUCUCAGGCUACUAUGGGGACCCCACUAAUGGAGGAACGUGUCAGCCUUGCAAGUGCAACGGCCACGCAUCCGUCUGCAACACAAACACAGGGAAGUGUUUCUGCACCACCAAGGGGAUAAAAGGAGACGAAUGUCAACUGUGUGAAGUUGAAAAUAGGUAUCAGGGAAAUCCACUCAAAGGAACGUGUUACUACACUCUGCUCAUUGACUAUCAGUUCACCUUUAGCCUGUCUCAAGAGGAUGAUCGCUAUUACACAGCCAUCAAUUUUGUGGCAACACCUGAGGAGCAAAACAGAGACCUGGACAUGUUUAUCAAUGCAUCCAAAAACUUCAACCUCAACAUCACUUGGUCUACAAGCUUUGCAGCUGGCACACAGGCUGGAGAGGAGAUCCCAGUUGUUUCCAGAACCAAUAUCAAGGAGUACAAGGACAGCUUCUCCAAUGAGAAAUUCGAUUUCCGCAACAAUCCCAACAUCACUUUCUUCGUUUACGUCAGCAACUUCACCUGGCCAAUAAAGAUACAGAUUGCAUUCUCACAGCACAGCAACUUUAUGGACCUGGUGCAGUUCUUUGUGACAUUUUUCAGUUGUUUCCUGUCUUUGCUCCUGGUGGCAGCUGUGGUUUGGAAGAUUAAACAAAGUUGCUGGGCAUCGCGACGCAGAGAGCAACUGCUCCGUGAGAUGCAACAGAUGGCAAGUCGCCCCUUCGCCUCCAUCAACGUUGCCUUAGAAACAGAUGAAGAGCCACCAGAUCUCAUCGGGGGAAGCAUAAAGACCGUACCAAAGCCGAUCGCGCUGGAGCCCUGCUUCGGCAACAAAGCGGCCGUCCUCUCCGUGUUCGUCAGGCUGCCUCGAGGGGUGGGAGGUAUCCCACCACCAGGACAGUCAGGUCUGGCGGUGGCCAGCGCUCUGGUGGACAUUUCACAACAGAUGCCAAUCGCCUACAAAGAGAAAUCUGGCGCGGUACGGAACCGGAAACAGCAGCCCCCUGCACAGCCAGGAACCUGUAUUUGA